UGAGUUCCUCUCGGGGUGUGUGUGUGUGUGUGAGAGUGUGAGUGUGUGUGGGUGAAUGGGCUGAAGGCUGAAUAACCCUCUGCUCGUCUCAUGGAGCUGCGCGGACUCUCGCCCCGCGCCAGGUUAUUGAUCGCACUCGCAUGUGUCAGCACUCGCAUGAUCUCCGGGGAUGGACGACGAGCUGCUGUGUGAAUAUGACUCCACCUGGGACACGGAGAGCGACGGCGACGAGCGGGACAACACCGGCCGCAGCAAGAAAACACGGCCCGCUUUCUGGUCCAACUCUUCCUCAAGAAACCUCAGAGCGGCCAAGGACAUGCAGAACUACAGACAUGGAUAUCCAAACAUCAAUGAAGACGAAUGUCCAGAAGAAAGAAUGACGAAUUUAAAAUUCUAUCUGAAUGAAAUUAAAUCGUCACCUGAUGACGUGUCGAUUGAGACAUUUCUCACCGAGUGGAAAACCGAUUACAAGCGGCUGGAGAGAGUUCACUCCUACAUUCAGUGGUUGUUUCCUCUGCGAGAGCCAGGGGUCAACUACAUGGCUGCAGAGCUCACCAAGAAGGAAAUCCAAGCCUUCAGGGAGAGCGAUGAGGCUAAGAGCCGUCUUCUGGAGUCCUACGAGCUCAUGCUGGGUUUCUACGGCAUGCAGCUGCUGAACAGAGAAACCGGGGAGGUGAAGCGCGCCGAGAACUGGAGGGAGAGAUUCGUCAAUCUAGAGAGAAACAUGCACAAUAAUCUCCGAAUCACAAGGAUACUCAAGAGCCUGGGAGAGCUGGGUUUUGAGCAUUUCCAAGCCCCUCUGGUGCGCUUCUUCCUGGAAGAGACCCUCGUCAGAAAGACCCUCAGCAGCGUUAAACGCAGCGUGCUCGACUACUUCCUGUUUGCCGUGCGGGACAAGCGUGAGCGCAGGAAGCUGGUGCGCUUCGCCUUCCAGCACUUUGAGCCCAAAGACAAGUUUGUGUGGUGCCCCAGAAAAAUCCAGAAACGCUUCAAGAAGAAGUCGGAGAAGAGGCAGAACUCUUCAGCUGGCAGCGGAGAGAGUGCAGCGCAGGACGAAGGUCACUCACCAUACAAAAAUAAAGACGGAGAAGCCGCAAGUGAACCAAAACAUAGCAAGCCUGUCGCUGAUCCCACAGAUGCAAAGAAGCAAGUCGACAGUGACUCCAUAAUGAGAGUCAACUCUGAGAAACACUCCGAGGGCUCUGCAGAAGAUCAGGAGCCCAAUCCAGAUGCUGUUCUCAGUAAUGGCACCGGUGUUAACAACGGAGAGACUGUCAGCGAUGAGCCGAGCUGUGCUGAAGGCCAACAGGUCAUCCAGACACCCGAGCAAGCGGCAGAGCUCUCGAACUGGGGACAUGUAGCUGGUUCUAGAGCAGGAUCAGCAGACUGUGACGAGACUCGGGAAGAGAUGGACAGUCCUGCUGACUCCCAGGAGGAGCGUGAAGAAACGGCCUCAGGGACGAGUGAGGACAGGACAGUGACUGACAGCCCUAAACACAAUGCACCAACACAGUCUGAGAAGAUUCCCAAGCCCGGCUCGAUGAGGAUGAGCAUCCAAUCAGAGAGCCAUGAGAAGAACACAACGAACUGCAACCAGUCGGAGAAGGAAGAGCCAAUGGACAUCCCUCGCCCAUGAAUGACUCCUGAACACGAUAAAGCACUGAAAAUGGACACUUUAUGAACUUAUUACAGGAUGAGAUAUGAACAGUUGUUUUUUUAAAGAAGGAAUUAAUUCAAACAUGUUUUCUGUGUUGGUUCAAUUUUGACGGGGCCAAAUGUUUUGUUAUAGCUGUUUUUUCAAGUUUGAAUGUUUAUUUGUCCAUAUUUUCAUAUUUACAGUUUUUCCAAGCAUUUUUUUUCAAACUGAAGAAAAAUCUACAUUCAACUAAUAAGAACCAACUAUUGAUAAAAAUAUUUCCAGAGUAAAUACAUAGAGCUAGGAUACUGUUUUUCAGCAGAUAUACUGUAUUUUUGCUGAUGCUCUCCCUUAACUCUUUCAUGCUUUUAAUGAUAUUCCUGAAUUCAAAUGAAGGAGCUUGUCUUCAAAAAUGUUCAUUUUACAUCUGCAGUCAUAUAAACUAUAGAAGCAUUAAUAACUAAAUAAGCUCUGUGAUCAGAAGUUGUAUAAAUCAAUCUCUUAGUGAUUCUUUAAAAGUGCAGCACAUGCAGUAACUACAAAUUUAUAAUUACAAGUUUUCCCACCGUACCAUAAAUUAACCCUUCAUGAAGUAUUCUAGAAUAUAUAAAAAAACCUUUGUCAGCUAUGAAUUAAGGUUU